UUAGUUUUCUGACUCUCAGUCUCAAGCUGAAAUGCCCGCAUUUUGUUUGAGGUGUUAGCAGUGAGCGCUUCUGGAUUUCUGACGUUUGGAAUAGGGCUAUUCAGUUGAACAAAAUGAAUCAGAAUUUAAGUACUUUACACGAGUUCACCUUCUUUGUCCUUUUUUUCUGUGGAUUACUCUGCACAUCACACACUAACACGAUCCGGGCGAAACGUCAGAUUUCCUUUGAUGUAAAUUUCACCGAGGAGAAAGUGAAUGAAGGCGAAACAGUAGCUGAUGACACCAAAAAUAACGAAAGUUAUUUGAUAGUGAACAUAUUGAAAAGUCUCGGAGGUGAAUUAACCGAAUCAGUGGAAUAUGGCAAUGGCGACGACAAUAACACUUUAGUUGUGCUAAAGGAAAUCAAAGUUGUAUGGCAACGUAUUUUAAAUAACCCGGAACUGUUGGUGAAUUCUACCGAGUCGCUUGAAUCUCUGAGAACGUACAUGGCUCAAAUCCUUUAUCUCGUCAAUGACCGGUAUUGCGAAUCCCCAGAUGAGACAUUUUUCAAGGGCCAAUGUCUUCCCGUCAGUACAAGAAAAAAGAGCGAACAUUGUCCGGAAAACAUGGGACUCUACGACGAUGAAAAUAACGAAGGAAUUUGUGACUGUCUGGAGCUAAUAGGAGAUCAAGCGAAAUCAGAACUAGGCUCAAUAUUUUCAGAUGACACUGGCGUUUGUCAUCAGCAACACACUCAGGGUCCCUGUGAAAAUGGACAAUGGUUCGUAUUUAAGAACACUCCGCAGUGCGAGCCGGCCCCGGAAGGAUGCCCAACUGACGGGCGGCACGUCUACUGGAAUCCCGACCCUUCCAUGGCCAAAAAAUGCUGGGAAAUUUGGAGCCAGGGACCGUGUGAAGAGGGGCAACUAAUCCAUUUGGCACAAGACAAGGAAGAAUUACAGGUUUUUUGUAGUCAUCGAUUAGCCGAGCAUUAUAUUUCAAGUUCCAUAUCGAUUCCAAAGUGCCCGAAAGGUUCUUGGCGCAGCCGUAAUGGCAGAUGUAAUAAGGCACACUUUGGUUGAACAAAAUGAAUUGAUGUGUAGCUUAGGCUUAGCUGGAAUAGGUCUCUGUACAAUUCUGUUACAUAUUUGUUUUCCAAAUAAAAUGACCGCCUUUUUUUAUCCAAA